AUGGUGGUACUGGCCCCGCUGAAGGUCGGUCAGACAGGCCUCGCCGCGCAUGCGCGGGAGCUCCCCACGCCCCUUCCCGCCCCACUUCCUUCCUCAGUCUCGUUUCCUGAUGCCGAACGGAGGCAAACCUCGCGAGCUUUCAGGGCCCAGCCUUCCGAGGCCCCACCUUCCUCCGGCGCCGGGCUGGUAUUUGUCCCGCCCACUCCUAUCGGCUCCAUUCCGCUUCCGGUUGUCUGGGCUCUGGGUUCCCGAGGGAUAUUGCUGCGGUGGUCGCGAUGGGAAAGUCAGAUUUUCUUACCCCGAAGGCCAUUGCCAACAGGAUCAAAUCCAAGGGCCUUCAGAAGCUGCGCUGGUAUUGCCAGAUGUGCCAGAAGCAGUGUCGGGACGAGGGAAUUCCGAAAUGACUUUCUAGAACUUCUCAGGAGACGAUUUGGCACUAAGAGAGUUCACAACAACAUUGUUUAUAAUGAAUAUAUCAGCCACCGAGAACACAUCCACAUGAAUGCCACUCAGUGGGAAACUCUGACUGACUUUACCAAAUGGCUGGGCAGAGAAGGCUUGUGCAAAGUAGAUGAGACACCUAAAGGCUGGUACAUUCAGUACAUAGACAGGGACCCAGAAACUAUCCGCCGGCAACUGGAACUAGAGAAAAAGAAGAAGCAGGACCUUGAUGAUGAAGAAAAAACUGCUAAAUUUAUUGAAGAACAAGUGAGAAGAGGUCUGGAAGGGAAAGAACAGGAAGCCCCUGUUUUUACAGAAUUAAGCAGAGAAAAUGAUGAAGAGAAAGUGGCAUUUAAUUUGAAUAAAGGAGCAUGUAGUUCGACAGCAACAUCUUCCAAGUCAAGUUCUUUGGGACCAAGUGCAUUGAAGGUGAUAGAGGCCACAGCAUCAGUGAAACGAAAAGAACCUUCCCAUAGCUCAGCUCAACCAAAAGAAAAGAAGAAAAAGAAGUCUGCACUGGAUGAAAUCAUGGAGAUUGAAGAGGAAAAGAAAAGAGCUGCCCGAACAGAUUACUGGCUACAGCCUGAAAUAAUUGUGAAAAUUAUAACCAAAAAACUUGGAGAGAAAUAUCACAAGAAAAAAGGCAUUGUUAAGGAAGUAAUUGACAAAUAUACAGCUGUUGUAAAGAUGAUUGACUCUGGAGAUAAGCUGAAACUUGACCAGACUCAUUUAGAAACAGUAAUUCCAGCACCAGGAAAAAGAAUUCUUGUUUUAAAUGGAGGCUACAGAGGAAAUGAAGCUAUCUUAGAAUCCAUCAAUGAGAAGACAUUUUCAGCUACUAUAGUCAUUGAAACUGGCCCUUUAAAAGGACGCAGAGUUGAAGGAAUUCAAUAUGAAGAUAUUUCUAAACUUGCUUGAGUUUGAAAAUUUGUGAACAUAUUAAAAUACUAAAGCAUCAAAUUGGUGUUCGCCAAGGCAUUAUGAGACUCUACUGUGUCAGGGUAUUUCUUUUAUAUACAACAAAUGGAUUUAUGUAAAUAUUAUUGUAUAGUUGUUUAGCUAAACUUGUAGGAAAUCUAAUUAUGUCUUAUGAAAUAUCAAACUAUGUAAAUUUGUUCUUAUUUUUGUUUAUAAUAUUCCUUUGAUUUUUAAAAUUUGCAUUAAAAUAAUAUU